AUCCAGGAAUCCUUGGGCUCUCUUGCCCACAUGGUUUUUGAUAACCAAUUCGUUAUAUAUUGGAUUAUAUUCUUGCCUCUAGUGGUAGUCUCUGUGCCCUUGCCAAAACCUCCUGCUAUAUGUACAUCAACAACUCAGAAGGUUGAACUUUGUUCUGAGAGGAUCCUACAAAAAACUGGCUCAAUGUGAGACAUUCACGAUAGCCUCAUCUCUCCCUUCCCCCGCCCUGUAAUGACCGCGUAUUUAAAAUCAGCCGGAGUCAGGAAUUCAGGUUAAGGGAAAAAUCUUCAAUAUUUAUUGAAGUGAAGAGGUGAAUAAAGAUGAUUGCGAUAGCAAUAUGGGCAGUUGCGACGGGAAGCCAGCUAACAGAGAGAGAUCUGAGCUGAGCAAACCAUCCCAAUAGCAAUGCCAAAAGUCUCUCCUUCCCCUUCCCUUUCCACUCCCCUGCCUCCACCCACCAAAAUUGUCAUUUCCUAUACAACACAUCAGGACUUGCACAAAGAGUGGGCGGGGGCCAUUCUUUCUCCAAGCUUAUAUAUUAAUAGAGUAUGGUCCAAUUAUUAUUUAGCCUCAUGUGCUUGGGACCUCAGUGCAUCAACUCAAGCCUCAGCCCAUUACCCCCCCCCCCCAAGUCUUCCUCUGUCUGGGAUACUUGGUUACUGUUCUGGUAACCCUAAUAUUAGCUUCAUUUUUUAUUCUUGUUUGAUUAUUUUUGAUCCCUGCAUUUUUAAUACAAUUGUAAGCUUUGUUUCUUCCGGAUUCUAAACCAUGAAAUUCCAACUACUUAUUCAACUUGAAUAUACCUGCUCCCUGAUUCUGAGACUCAUCACCCCUGGAUGCUGCUUCUACCAUCUUUAAGUCACCUGUCUCCCCUCCUCAGGCUGGUCCCCACUAGGAAGGGCUAGCUCUAUACUCCUUAUCAGCCUGAAGCAAAGAUGAGACCUUCAUCCCUCUGUGAAAUGUAGCAAUAACCUUAAAGCCACGUGUCCUUGGGAGGAAUGUAGUUCUAUAUUUCUUCCCCUAGCUUUUAGGGAAGAUUUAGUGAUAAACCUGAGAUCGCCUGGCCUUGGGAGAACUAUGGCUCCACAAACAUUGCUAGCUGUUAGAUAACAAUCUGUUGGUCAGUGAGAACAAAAUUUGAGACAAUAAUAAGGUAUAUACCAGACCACUCCUCAAGUCCACUUUUAAGCCAUAAAAUUAGCAAGUCAGUGACAUGAAACACCUGAUCUUUUUUUCCCCCACAAGUUGAUCUUCUUGCUCCUGGUUCUUCGAUAAAUUCUUUUGGAACUUAGCCUGCUUCCAUUGGCAUUAAUAAAGUUUGCCCCCUGACUUGAUAUGGGUCAUAGCCUUUUGAGCCACCUGGCCACCAGUCUGGAAGCCCAACCUUUCGGGGUCGCCUGUGAACCCCAACACUCAGAAGCUUGUCUCUAAUCAGACAAAUAACCUUCCUUCCUCGGCUGUAAACUAACUUUGCCUUUGAAACGCCGGGGCUUCCUUAGAGUUCGGGAAUGUAGGGAGAGACUUGUUCUGAAGGAUUAAAGAACUAAAAGUAGCUCACAAAACAGAGGUUUUUCCUUCCACAUUUCCUGCACACGAGGAUCCAAGGCCAUGUUAAUAAAACGGCCGGGAACAAGCUGAUGCGGACAGACUUGUAGAUCAGAAGGCGGCCCCCAUAGUUUCCCACUGUUACUUCCUCUGCUCAAAGCAUUCUUUGCCUGGUUCGCUGGAAUUAAAUGGCACUGACUUUGUGGCCCUGUUCAGUUUGAUGGAGGAGGUCGCUGCUCCAUGGUUUCACAAGUCCCCAGAGACCUUGCCCACCAAAGAACAGCAGAGAUAGGAGUCACCAGUCCUUCUGUCCCGGGAAGGGGAUCUAGCUACCUAUCAAAUAAACGAAAGCACGUACGUAGAAAGGUCACGGUAACGCAGCGGAGGAACUCUUGCCCUGCGCGAUGCUUUCUUUCAAACAUCUGGGCUCUAAAUAGGUUUUCUCUACCUUGUGCAAGAUUCCCUUUCUUCUGAACUACAUUUCCCAGAAGGCACUGCCUCUCUAGUGGAAGGGGGCGGGAACUUUUGCCCCUCUUGACUGCGCUUUCGCCCGGAAGUCAACCAUUUUAGGAGCUCUCCAGGCUUCCGUAGUUCGCUGCCGCCUUGAGUGAGGGAACUUGGGGAUGUGGAACCCUCCUUCUUCAAGCAACCCGGUAGAGAUUGACGUAAAGUGAAUGGGCAGAGAGAGUCGGGGAGAAGGCGCGGGAGUCAUGCCUCUCUACAUUCUUCUUUCCUGAGGUGACUCUGGGGAGUAGCUCUGAUUGUUGAGAGCUCCUUGCUCUCCUAGGCAGCGGUAACGGAAGAAUGGCCCCUGUACUUCUGCCCAGAAAGGAUCACCAGGAAUCGGUGACUUUCGAGGAUGUGGCUGUGGACUUCAGCCUGGAGGAGUGGGGACAGUUGGGCCCAUCUCAGAAGGAGCUGUACAGGGAUGUGAUGCUGGAAAACUACCACAACCUGGUCUGCCUGGGACUAGCGAUUUUCAAACCAGAUGUGAUCAACCAGUUGGAGCGAGGGGGAGUGGUUUGGAUUUCAGCAGGAGAUGGCCCAAGAAGCAUCUGUGCAGAUUGGGAUACUAGACCUGAAACUAGGGAAUCCUGUCUAAACAGUGGCCUCCCCAUGGAAGCACCAUUGCAAGAAAGAAUUCAUGCGGGAAGUCUUCACGUCUCCAAGUUUGGCAAAGCCAGGGAAUGUUGUGGUUUAUUAGAAAAACAGCAGAGUAGUGAGGAUAAACUUUUAGGACACAUACAAAUAUUUGAAGUGAACAAUCAAAGUAGUGAACAUGCAUGUAAAAAAUAUACUGGAGGCUUUUGCCAAGGAACAAUCCUUUUUCCACAAGAUAAGUUGUCUCUUGGAAAGAAUCUUCAUCAUUGUGACACAGAGCAAAGAAGAGUCAGAUUAUAUUCAUACUUGAAUAAACAGAAAAGAAUUUCCUUGAAGAAAAUGUUUUCUAGAUAUAAUAAAGAUGAAAAAUUACUUAAUUUUGAUUCAGACCUUAAUGAAAAUCAUAGCAAACAGAAUGAAGAGAAAGCACAUUUAGGAAAUGAAUGUGGUCAGACUUCCUCUCUGAACCAGAGAAUUCCUAUUGUAGAAAAAUAUUAUGAAUCUAACAAAUGUAGAAAAGAUUUUAGUCAGAAGACAGAGCUCAUACAACAUCAGAGAAUUCAUACUAGAGAAAAAUCUUACUCGUGUAAUGAGUAUAAAAAGAUUUACCCACAGAAAGCUGACAUUACUAUCCAUAAUAGAAUUCAUACUGGAGAAAAACUUUAUGAAAGUAAUGAUUGUGAAAAGACUUUCAGGCUGAAGAGAACACUUACUGACAAUCAAAAUAUUCCUAACAUCAAGAAACCAUAUGAAUGCAAUGAAUGUGGGAAGACAUUCAGUCAGAAAGCAGGACUUAAUGGACAUCAGAACAUUCAUACUGGAAAUAAUAGUUAUAAAUGUAACGAAUGUGGAAAGAACUUUAGUCAGAAGGCAGGACUUGUCUAUCAUCUGAGAAUUCAUACUGGAGAGAAACUCUUUGAAUGUAACGAAUGUGGGAAAGUCUUCCAUAAGAAGAUAGGACUUAGGAGUCAUCAAAAAAUUCAUUCUGGAGAAAAGCCAUAUCAGUGUAAUGAAUGUGGGAAGGCCUUCAGUCACAAGGCAGGACUUACCUGCCAUGAGAAAAUUCAUACUGGAGAGAAACCAUAUGUAUGUAAUAAAUGUGGUAAAGCUUUCAGUAGGAAAUCUGUUCUUACUGACCAUCAGAAAAGUCAUACUGGAGAGAAACCUUAUCAGUGUAAUGAAUGUGGGAAAGCCUUCACCAGGAGAACAAUCCUUACUCAACAUCAAAAAAUUCAUACUGGAGAGAAGCCUUAUACAUGUAGUGAAUGUGGGAAAGCCUUCAGUCAGAAAAUAGGACUUACCUGCCAUCAGAAUAUUCAUACUGGAGAGAAACCUUAUGAAUGUAAUAAUUGUGGUAAAGCCUUUAGUCAGAAGACAGGACUUACGAGGCAUCAAAAAAUUCAUACUGGAGAGAAACCAUAUCAAUGCAAUGAAUGUGGAAAGGCCUUCAAUCAGAAGCGAACACUUACUGAACAUAAAAAUAUUCAUACUGGAGAGAAACCUUAUGAAUGUAACGAGUGUGGGAAGGCUUUCAAUCAAAAGAAUACACUUACUGAACACCAGAAUAUUCAUACUGGAGAGAAACCUUAUGAAUGUAAUGAAUGUGGGAAAGCCUUCAAUCAAAAGAAAAGACUUACUAAACAUCAGUAUGUUCACACUGGAGAGAAACCUUAUGAAUGCAAAGAAUGUGGGAAAGCCUUCAGUCAGAAGAGAACACUUACUGAACAUCAGAAUAUUCAUACUGGAGAGAAGCCUUAUGAAUGUAAUGAAUGUGGGAAAGCCUUUGGUCAAAAGACAGGACUUAGUAAACAUCAGAAAUGUCACACCGGAGAGAAACCAUAUCAGUGUAAUCAAUGUGGAAAAGCCUUCAGCAGGAGGACAAGGCUUACUCGACAUCAGAAAAUUCAUACAGGAGAAAAACCAUAUGAAUGUAAUGAAUGUGGGAAAGCUUUCAGAGAGAAGACAAGUCUUACUCAACAUCAGAAAAUUCAUACUGGAGAAAAACCAUAUCAAUGUAAUCAGUGUGGGAAGGCUUUUAGCAGGAAGACAAUUCUUACUGAACAUCAGAAAACCCACCGGGGAAAAAUUUUGUUAGAAUGUAGAAAGGCCUUCAGUUGCAAGACAACACUUGAAUAUCAGAAAUUUAAUAUAGGAGAUAAACUUUUGGAAUACAAUGAACCGCUUUUGUCAGAGAAGACAUAUUAUUAAACCUUAUUGUAUUAAAUUAUUAUUAAAUUUUGUCCUAUUAAAACUUAGAAAUGGGAAGAAACAAUGAAUUUGGGAAAGCAAGCCAAGGGAACUUAGAACUUGCUCAAAAUAAUAAUUUAUACUGGAAAGAAACUUAAUCAUUUCAGGAAAGCCUUCAGUUGGAAGAAGAUACUUAUUGAACAUUAAAAAUUACUAAAGAGGAACCUUAAUACAGUGAUAAGGCAUUUAGGUAGUAAAAUGUAUAAGAAUAGCAGAUUUGGAUUGAGGAAGACCCAAGUUCAAACUUUGCCUAAGAUAAUAGUUAUGUGACUCUUGGCAAGUCAAUUAAUCUCUCUCGACUUUGGUUUCCCAAUCUGUAAAUGAGGGAUAAUAGCUAAUAGUAGAGUUCAUUUGAAAGUCCAAAGAAAUAAAACAUGUAGUUGGUUUUGAAAGUCUUAAAACACUAUAAAUGCUAGCUUUACAGAAAUGGUUGUAGGAAAGGCUUUGUGAAGGAGGUAGAUCUAAUGGAAUAUCAAAGAAGUCAUACAAGAAAAAACCUUUAUGAAUGUAAUAUAUUUUGGGUUGUCAACCAUUGGAAGUCAGAACUUAUUGAAUAUUACAGAUUUUAUAUCAAAGAUAAUAAUAAUAAUAAUAAUUUUUUUUUUUUUUUUUUUUUUUUUUUUUGCUGAGGCAAUUGGGGUUAAAUGAGUUGCCCAGGGUCACACAGCUAGGAAGUGUUAAAUGUCUGAGACCAUAUUUGAACUCAGGUCCAUCCCACUUCAGGGCUGGUGCUUUAUCCACUGCGCCACCUAGCUGCCCUUCAAAGAUAAAAUUAAUGAAUAUAAUGCAUAUAAGACCUUCCAAUAGUGCAUAAUAGUAUUAGAAAUUUUAUGCUAGACAGCUGUACAAAGGUAAAACCUUUCAUUACAGAGAAUAUACAAAAGUUUAUUACUGAGUCUUCUUUCAUAGAACAAUUAGAAAUGAGGGAGAGUUUUUCUAGUUCUAAAAACUAGUUUUUUUAGUUGGAAAAACAGUAUAUGAAUAUUAUAAACUUGAGAAGGUAUUCCUUUUUUUGAAGAAAUAUUAAAUUUUAUUCAAGAACAUUUUAAAAAGCAGUUCAAUUUUCUUAGUUAAAUAAAUUAGACUUUAGUAUAUUUGCAAUAUGGAAAAAAUGAAGAUUAAGAAAAUUCACAUGACAACCAAACAUUACAUAUACAUAAGUGACAACGUUGAAACAAGCACAAGUUAGGGUGAACAAAAAGUAAAACAAUUAAAAAUUCUUCUCCGUCUUUGAAGUCAGCUCAUUAUAGAUUUUGGUUAAAUCAUGAUUUUCUUUAGUUUUUUAUUCUAGACUUUUCUCUGUGCCUGGGCUCUCAUUUGUUCCUUUCAUAAAUUUGCUUGUAAAACUAGAUUCAGCUUUUGCUCUGCUUUGAACCUGGACAAUUGCUUCAUCUGCUAGAUUUCACUUCUCUUCUGCAUAUCCCUUGAUUGCUUGGUACCUCCUUUCUUUUCAAUUCUUAGUAUUUAAACUUCAACACAUUUCUUUAAUGCUUUUAUUUUUUUUGGAUAUUCUAAAACCUGUUUUUCUAGUAGCUUGAAGAAAUCAGAGAAAGACUUUCCUUGGAGUUCAUGUCUGUUGUAAUUUGCUGUUUUUCUAAUAAAACCUUCUAGAUUUUAGCCUUUGUAACCUCCUUCAGCUUCUGAUUAUAUACUACCAGCUGAAUUAUUAUUCCUUCAUAUUCUUCCACAAUUUUUCCCAUAUCUGAAUAUUCCACCUGGAAUUUUGCAUAUUUUUUUCCAGUUCUUGAAUUUUUAAUCGUUUUUCUUUAACUUCUUGUUUGACUUUUUCUACAGCCACAUCCAUCUUUCUGGGUAUACUUCAAUAUGUCUAUACUGGCAUCAAUGAUGGAAACAGGCAAAUUUGUGGUUGUCACAGAAGCACCCAUACACUCAGGUUCACCAGGAAGAGAAAGUCCAUAUUAAAUGUUCCUUGGAAAUCAAAUUUGUCAAGUUUUGUAUCAUGUUGAUUUUUCUGAGUCUGUUUGCUUAUGUCCAGAAGGCAAGAACUCACCUGGCUCACUGAUGGAUGCAGGAAAGAUUUAUUUACAUUCUUGCAAGAAUGGCUGUUUAGGUUAAUAGAUACUGAGAAGAAGGUAUUCUUUGAGAACAGACAGGAUAGACAUUGGAGAUUAUUGUACUAGAUAUCACAACUUCAAAAUGAAGGAACAUGAGUAGCAUUUUAGCCAAUAACCACACUGAAAAUUUGAAAACUUAAAUUGAAAGAAAAUCUUUUUAUGCUGCAUAAGUAGCAUCUUUUACAAUUGAAUUCUAAUAAUUUGGCUUAAGAGGAAAAAUUUGAAGUGUCAAACCAGGGGUAUGAAAAAUUUGGCAUAGAGGAAUAUUAUGUUGGGCAGCAAAUGUAUCACCACCUAUUCUGAUUAACCACCUUCCAUAACAGUUUACUAAAACAUUACGCACCGUAAAAUGGGUAGAAUGAGGAACAAGUUGUAAAGAGGUAAAUAAAAGUUUGUUGUUAGGAAAAGUCUAACAAUUUGAGCUGUCCAAAAGUAAAAUGGGUUGUCUUGAUGAAAGUGAUCAGUCUUGCCUAACUGAACGUUUUUGCUAAGAUGAAACUACUUGUCAGAUUUGUGGUAGUGAAGGUACAUUAAGUUUUGCAAGUCAUCUGAUUUAGGGGAAUACUGAAAUCCCUCAAAAAUUCUAAGAUGUCUAGGAGUGUUUUGUUUUAUUUCCUCAGUAAUACUUUUAUGAAGAAUGUGUUUGAAGUUUUGAUUUUCAAAUUCUAUCCCUUUCUCUCCUUCCCCCUCCCUGAGACAAUAAGCAAUCAGGUAUAGGUUAUACAUGUGCAAUUAUGUAAAACAUUUCCAUAACAGUCAUUUUGUACAAGGAAACUCAAAUAAAAGAAAAAAAAAAGAGUGAAAAAAUCGUGUGCUUCAGUCUAUGUUCAAUAUUUAUUCUUUCUCUGGAGGUGGACAGUAUUCAUCAUUAGCUCUCUGGGGUUGUCUUGGAUCAUUCAGUUGCUGAGAAUAGCUAAGUCAUUCACAGUUGAUCAUCAUACAAUAUUGCUGCUACUGUGUACAGUGUUCUGGUUCUGUUCAAUCUGUACAUUGGUCUUUCUAGGUUUUUCUGAAAUCAUCCUGCUUAUCAUUUCUUAUAGAACAAUAAUAUUCCAUUACAACUAUAUACCACAGCUUGUAUAGCCACUCCCCAAUUGAUGGGCAUCUCUCUGAUUCACAAUCCUUAGCCAUCACAAAAAAAAACUGCUAUAAAUAUUUUUGUAGAAAUGGAUCCUUUUCCUUUUUGGAGGCUAUCUUUGGGAUAUAGAUCUAGCAGUGCUAUUACUGGAAUAAAGAGUCUGCACAGUUUCAUAACCCUUUGGGCUUAGUUUCAAAUUGCCCUCCAUAAUGUUUGGAUCAGUUCACAACUCUACCAACAAUGCAUUCAUGUCCCAGUUUUCCCAUAUCCUCUCCAACAUUUCCCCUUUUUGGCCACUUUGAUAGGUGUGAGGUGGUACCUCAGAGUUGUUUAAUAUGCAUCUCUCUGAUCAGUAGUGAUUCAGAGGAUCUUUUUAUAUGAGGAUAGGUAGCUUUGAUUUCUCUGGAAUUCUUAAAGAAAAUGUAUUUUAUAUCGAUGAAAAAGUAGGCAUAUAAAUCAGUAGUUGUCUAUGUUCGCUUUUUCAACUUUUUGAGAAGUUGGAAUAAGGUCUAAGAUUUUUCCUAAGCCUUUGUCCUCUUUCUCUUCACAUACCCUAUGAAUCGUUCGCUCAACACCCUUAUAACUUCAACAUGAGUCUCUAUGUACACUUAUUCCAACACCCUUCCCUCUUCUGCCUUUUGUAGUAGCAUUUCCAUUUCAAAUCAAUAUACAGUUGUACUACAAUCUUUGUUGGUGAGAAGUUAUAGCUUUUCUGUUUUUCUUUAUUGUCCUUCCACUGUUAUUCUUUAAACUCAUUUUGGAUGACUUAACUACAUCUCUCACCAAACUUUAGUGGCACAUUUCAAAAUACCAAGAUGUUAUAAUUAGCCAGGAAACAAUUUCAAUUCAGCAGGAACUGCUAGGGAAAUUGAAAAGUAGUCCAAAAAAAAUUUAGAAUCCCCAUUUUAUGCUAUGUACUACAAUAAACAAUGUUAAGGGGACCUGAAUAUUAAAAUUUCUAUAAAAAUAAUAACAAGAGAACUAGAACCCCCUCUACUGAGGGGGUAGAUAAUUAAUCAAAUGAGGAUAUGCGUGAUUAUGGAAGAAAAAAAUAGACUCUGAGUUUUAUGAAGUUGCAAAGCAUUUUCAUGAAUAAAAUUAAGGCAAUUAAGGUAAGAAGGGGAGAGGACAAAACUUUUUGUUAAAAAUCUCUAAAGACCUGAUAUUAAACAGAGAUGUUAUCCUAAAAAGACUCCCUGCAAUUUUAAACUGUUAAAAUGUAAACUGCUUGAAGAUUUUUGGAAAACCAUCUAUAGGCAAAUAAUAGCAACAUGGAGUUUCAAAUGAUUCCCCCAAAAAGUAUUUAAAAGAUAAGGAAUAAUUCUUCAAAGAAAAAUUGCAAAUGCAGUCAUAUGAAAAUGUUUAAUCAAUUAAUAAUAAGAUAAAUGCAAAUCAAGAUAACCCUAAAAUUUUACCUCACAUCCUGCAAAUUGGCAAAAAAUGAAAGAAUAGUCUGUGUUCAAAAGGAUGCAAAAAGAUAGUGAUAUUUUGUUGGGAUUGUGAAUUAGUCCAAGCAUUUUACAAAGCAGUUUAGAAUUAUCUAAAGUGACUUAAAUGUUCCUACUUUUUGAAGCAAAGAUGCUACUGCUAGGCAUAUCCCUUGAGGAAGUCACUAAGAAAAAGAAAGCUCUUUAUAUAGCAAAAUGCAUCUAGCAAAGGACAGGAAGUAGAUGUUGAUUGAUGAAAAAUGGCUAGACAAAUGAUCUAUCCAAAUGCCAUGAAAUAUUGUAUUGUGGGAGCAUCUAGGUGACACAGGGGAGAGAGCACUAGCCCUGAAGUCAGGAGGACUUGGGUUCAAAUUUGGCCUCAGACACUUAACAUUUCCUAGUUGUGUGACCUUGGACAAGUCAUUUAAUCCCAAUUGCCUCAGCAAAAAAAAAAAAAAAAAAAAGAAAGAAAUUAUAUUGUGAAAAAGCAGCAAAUAGGGUGAAUAUAGAUGCUUAGAAAGAUAGACAUGAAUUGAUAGAUAAUGGAGUUUGUUGGUUAGUGCUCAAAAAAAAAAAAAAAAAAAGGACAAAAAUAACACCACAAAUAGUCCAUAUGAAUAUUUAGAAUGAUUUUUUUUAAAUUUUAAUUCUUUUAAUUAUAGCUUUUCAUUGACAUAUGCAUGGGUAGUUUUUCAAACAUUGAUUCUUGAAAAAACUUCUCUUCCAACUUUUCCCCUCCUUCCCCCCACCUCCUCCCCUAGAUGGCAGGCAGUCCCAUACAUGUUAAAUAUGUUAAAGUAUAUAUUAAAUAGAAUAUAUGUAUACAUAUUUAUACAGUUAUCUUGCUACACAAUAAAAAUCAGAUUUAGAAAGAAGGUAAAAAUAAUCUGGGACGAAAAACAAAAUUGCAAGCAGUCCACACUCAUUUCCCAGUAUUCUUUCCCUGGGUGUAGCUGGUUCUGUUCAUUACUGAUCAAUUGGAAGUGAUUUGGAUCCUUUCAUUGUUGAAGAGAGCCAUGUCCAUCAGAAUUGAUCCUCAUAUAGUAUUGUUGUUGAAGUGUAGAAUGAUCUCCUGGUUCUGCUCAUGGAAUAGUUAUUUCUAAAUCUUAACAUUUUACAUAUAGCAGAGUAAGAAGCAAGAAAACAAACUAUUCUCAUGUCAAAGUGUAAUUGGGAAGAAUAGCCACAAAGAAAUUGUCAAUUCAAUAAAAUCAAAAGAACAAGCAUAAUUUUGAAGACUGAUUUGGAAAGACACUUCUCCUUGCUGCUUUGUAUCAGUCUCUGGUAUAUGACUUUAGACCACUGGAUAUAUUUGCAGAGUUUUUUUUUGUUUUGUUUUUUCUCUUUAAUGUGUGGUCACUUGUGCAGACAAUGUAGAAUAUCUCACUGACAAAAGAACUGAUCUGGAAAGCAUCUAAAAGAGAUAAUUAAAAAGUUGGUGGACUACCAAAAAUACAGUUGAGAUAUUAUCUUUCAAGAAAUUAUCAAAGUAAACUGCUCUGAUAUUCUAGAACCUCUGAGGGUAAAAUAGAAAUAGAAAAAAUUCCCUGAUCAUUUCCUGAAAGAGAUCCCCUAAAUGAAAACUCCUAGGAAAUGAAAAUUCUGGGUCCCAGAGCUCCCAAGUCAAAGAGAAAAAAUUUCAGUCUGUCAGAAAGAAAUAACUCAAGAAUCAAGAAUCACAGUCAGGAUAAUACAAUACAAGAUUUAGCAGCUUCUAUACUGAAGGAUAAGAGAACUCCAAAUAAGAUAUUUUGAAGGACAAAGGAGCUAGGAUUACAACCAAGAAUCAUCCAUCCAGCAAAACUGAGCAUAAACUUUUAGAAAAGUGGAUAUUCAAUGAAAUAGAGGACUUUCAAGCACUUUUAAUGAGUAGAUCAGAGCUGAAUUGAAAUUUUGACCUCCAAAUACAAGAUUCCAGAGAAUCACAAAAGAUAAACAAGAAAGGGAAAUCAUAAAGGACUUAAUAUGGUUCAAUUGUUUAUCUUCCUAUGUGGGAAGAUAACAAGAUACUGAUAACUUUCUCAUCAUUAGAGUAGUUAGAAGGAACACAUAUAAACAAGGCACAAGUGUGAGUGCAAUAUGAAGGUAUGAUAUCUAAAAAAAAUAAAGAAAUGUACUGGGAGGAAGAAAAAGGGAAGGGUACAAUGGAAUAAAUUAUCUCACAUAAAGGAGACAAGAAAAAGAUUUUACAAUGGAGAGGAAGAGAGAGGAGGUUAGAGAGAGUGAGAGAACCUUAUUCUCAUCAGAAUUGCCACAAAGAGGUAAUGAGGCACAUUCAAUCGGAUAUAAAAAUCUACCUUACCCUAAGAAAAAUAGGAGGGAUGGGGAUAAGAGAAGUAGGAGGUGUGAUAGAAGGAAAGGUGAGAGAGUAGUCAAACGUCAAAAAUAGUCAAGUAAAGCAGGGUAAAGGGGAAAUUAGCAAUAUUACAAUUAGCAAUAGUAAUUAUGAAAAAAAACAACUUUUGGAACAUUCUCUGACAAAGGUUUCAUUUCUCCGAGAACUGUCAAAUUUACUAAAAUCCCAAUUGAUAAAUGAUCAAAAAAUAAGAACAGUUUUCAGAUAAAACUAUGGCCAUAUGAAAAAAAUGUUCCAUAUUCAAUAUUAAUUGGAUAAUUGCAAAUUAAAACAAUUAUGUGGUACUAUCUCAUGCCUAUUAGACUGGCUAAAAGGACAGAAGGAAAGUGACAAAUGGUGAAGUAGAAAUAAUGAGAUUAAUACUCUGUUGGUGGAGUUGUAAGCUGAUCCAACCAUUUUGUAGAGCAAUUUGGAACUGCAUACUCUUUGCAACACCUAGCAACACUGAUAUUAGAUCUGUAUCUCAAAAGAGAUAAAAAAGGAAAAGGACUUAUAUGUACAAUGAUAUUGAUAGUGGUUCUUUUCUGAGGGCAAAGAAUUAGAAUUGAAGAGAUACCCAUCAAAUGGCUGAACAAGUUGUGGUGUGUGAUUGUAAUGGAAUAAUACUAUGGUGCUAUAAGAAAUGAUGAGCAGGAUGGUCUUAAGAAAAAAAACCUGAAAAGACUUGCAUAGGCUGAUAAGAAGUCAAAUGUACUGUGUACAAAGUAACAGCAAUAUUGUAAGAUCAUCAGCAUGAAUGACUUUUAUUUUUCUCAGUAAGACAAUGAUCCAAGACAACUCUGAAGGACUUAUAAUGAAAAAUGCUGUUCAUCCCUAAAAAAAGAAUUAAUGAUCUCUGAAUAGAGGUUAAAGUAAACUUUUUAUUUUUACUGAAACUUUAUUGGGGAGAGGGGCUAUGUUUUCUUUCACAUCAUGACUAUUGUGGAAAUGUUUUGCAUGAUUACACAUGUAUCUUUUUUAUGGAAUUGCUUGUCUUAAUGAGGUGGGGUUGUGGAAGAGGAAUGGGAGAUAGUUUGGAACUUAAGUUUUAUAAACAUGUUAAAAUUGUUUUUACUAGUAACUGGAGGAAAAUAAAAUACUAAAUAUAAAAUAAAAAUAUAUUCACAG